ACCUUUUCGUUGGACAUCGAUUGUUUUGCAGACUGACAUCAUUCCCAUCAAAACGAACAAAAUAAAGAGAAAUUCAGCGAAAAAUGGAGGCACUGGACAUUCUGGAGAAGCGCAUCGAUGCCCUGACACGAGUCCUGGGUCCGGUCCAGGACUCUGAGGUGGGCGAGGGCGUGGUCGACGCCCUGUGCUCGGCACACGCCAUCCUGGGCGAAGCAACCACAGGAAGUGCUGCACUGCAGCAGUGCGUGAAGAGAUCUGACGAGCUGGAGAAGUACCUGGACCCCAACUUCCUGGAGGAGCACCAGCAGGUGCGCUCCAAGGAGGUGUACCUGCAAGCCGUGGCCCCCGAGCUGCACACGCAGGCCGAGCAGCUGGAGAGGAUUAAGCAGCUGGAACCGGCCCUGGGCGCGGAGUACUUCCGCAGCAUUCCCGCCGAGUGUCUGGAGCAGCUAAAGGGCAUAACGCAGAACAACGGGGAGUACGCGCAGCAGAGCGAACUUAUCGAGGAGAGUCUGGUCCUGGCCAUGAAGCGAUAUGGCGAGAUCCAGGCGGGACUGCUGAGCUCCCUGGAUGCCAUGAGCGAGCGCUUGGACCAGGUAGAGGAGCGCAUGGAGCAGAGGAAGCGUGCAGAGUUGAGCAAGGAUGUGCCGCCCAAGGAUUGAGCGGAUAUAGAUCCAAAGACUGCUGAAAGUAUUUUAUACGACCCCGUUUCCAAAUCCGUUCACCUGAAAAUCUGGUUCCACUUAAGCUGAAGGCAUCAGUUGCUCAAGCAAUGGAUGUAACCUAGGUUCUAUUGAAAAGUGUAAUCGUAGCUAAAGCCAUCCCGAUUUGAUUGGAACUGUUUAAGGAAGCCGGGAUAUUAGAUUUUCUAACUACUCCAACGUAAAGUGGCUAAUGAUGCUCUUUCAAUUGUAAGUUUCAUUUUUAAAAACUAUUUAACUAAGCACAAUAAACUAAAUUACAAAUCUAAUGAAAACCAAUCAAAAUCCUGUCUUACAGAAGGAAAAUGCUAUAAUCACAUAAUAGAGCACAAUAUGGAUUUAUCAUUGGCUGAAUUUUAUUUUUAUUAUCUAUACAAUGUAUACAAUACGAUGUGACACUUAUGUAUGUAGGAAUUGUAGAAGGAAAUAGUUACAAAAUAAUAAUUUACCCGCGGAAACGCUCUUUCAACAGU